AGAACGGGUUCUAAAGAGAAGAACUGGUUGAGCCAGGUUAGUUAGUAAAUAAUUCAGUUGAUUUUUAUUAAUGAGGGAGCCAAAGAAAGGAGCUGUCUGCACAGAUAACAAUGGCGAUUCUUGCCCCCACCAAUAUUCUCAACUUUUUCUCUUUUGUGCAAGUGAGAAGAAUGGAGGAGAGAGAGAGAGAGCUUCUCAGUUUGAAGCUCCAGUUCAGUUUGAGUUUAUUUACGGCAGCCGAAGAACGGAGAAGUCUGACAUUAGGUUUAUAAAUAUAUUUUCUGUGUAAUAUUUUGAAAGACAGAGAUCGCGUGAUCAGCAACUGUCUUUGUCUUUCGACAUUACUUCCUCUUCCAGUUACAUCUCCAUCAAAGUGGAUGUUAGUUUAGGUAAAAAUAGCAAGAGGAGGAGGCACAGCUCUAAUGCCAUCAGCAGUACUAAAAACUCAAAUCUGAGCUAGCCGGCAAUCAGUCAAUAACUGAACAGAGCAGGACCAGGGUGGUAAGCCGGCAUUCACCGCGAUGAAACUGACUUUGGUUCUUCUACAGACGUUACUGACAGCGGUUCACGUGUUUGCUUUAGUGUGGGAAGACGAGGAACUCAUCAACAGCAUCGAUGACCAGACUCCAGAACUUGCGCACUGCUUGCCAAAUGCAGUAUGCAGUGUAGUGCACAGACGAUUCUGGCUUCCACCGAUCACACAGAAGUUCUGUGAGUGCAAAGGAAACGAGGAAUGCUCGAUGAGGUACCAGCUGACAUUGGACUCCAAGACCAUGCAACUCGACAGCAGAUCACAGCUGCAGUUUUGUGAGCCAAUAACGUCACUGCCGGUUUGCGAGCACGGCCAGCCAGCGCUGGAUGUGAAGAUGAGGACAAUGGAAGGCAGCAGAAGUGGGCAGACGGUGAAAGAAGUGACGGCGAUUGCAGCAUGCACCUGUCAUUGGCCCACCUACUGGGCCCUGCACCGCCACUACUACACCAACUACUUCAAUGGAACCACUCUGGCACACGACUACUACACAUGUGCACCGCUCAAAAAAUGCAACGUGGACGAUUUCUGUGGAAAUUUGAGAGCAGACAUUUUCUCGGCCUACUACCAGUGUUCAUGUCCCGCCGGAACACUCUGCAUCAACAAUGACAGAAGCAAACAAUAUGCAGCCGAACUAUUCUACCAGGGACCGAUAUACAGGGCCAAAUGCCAAUACCUCAAAAAUCAACAGACGUGAAAUAGCGACAAUGAAGCAUAAAAUGGAUUAGUGAAAUCUAUUAUAUUCAUAAAUUUCUAACACCAAUACCUAAGUAAUAAUCGAUUUGAUUUGAAUUUAUAAUAGGGAUAAACACUAUCUAGAAUAAACUCUUUUGUCACAUUUGUUAUAUUUUGUAAUAAUUCAUAACUGCAUAUUAAUGAGAAUUGUUUUAAUAAAAACAGUUACUGAAAU